CUCAGAACUGAACGUCACUUGAGAUUGAAGCAGGCGGAGUGAGAGGAGCAGGUUGACAACAACCGGAGGAUUUUAUAUAUUUCAAUAUUAGUGGUUGCAUACUGUAACCGGACCUAACACGCAAGCUGGAAGGGCUCAGCGCAGCCUGGGUGCCCAGGGAUCCGCUGCCUGAGUGCGAGGAGAGCAGUGAGCGCCCCCCAAGAGACAUGAACCACACCAAGGGAGGCCUCGUCAUCUUCACCGCCAACUCACACCCCGCCAGCCGGGAGCUGGGCAAGAGGAUCUCAGAGCGGUUAGGAGUGGAGCUCGGUAAAGUGCAGGUGUACCAGGAAGCUAACAGAGAAACCCGGGUGCAGAUCCAGGAGUCGGUGCGAGGAAAAGAUGUGUUUGUGAUCCAGACGGUGUCCAAGGAUGUGAACACCACCAUCAUGGAGAUGCUGAUCCUGGUCUACGCCUGCAGGACCUCCUGCGCCCGCAGCAUCACGGGGGUCCUGCCUUACUUCCCCUACAGUAAGCAGUGCAAGAUGAGGAAGAGGGGCUCCAUCGUGUCUAAGCUCAUCGCCUCCAUGAUGUGUAAAGCUGGUCUGACCCACCUGAUCACCAUGGACCUGCAUCAGAAGGAGAUCCAGGGGUUCUUCAACAUCCCCGUGGACAACCUGAGAGCCUCCCCCUUCCUGCUGCAGUACAUCCAGGAGGAGAUCCCCGACUACAGGAACGCUGUGAUCGUGGCCAAAUCUCCAGCCUCUGCGAAAAGGGCUCAGUCGUUUGCAGAGCGUCUGCGCCUCGGUAUCGCUGUGAUCCACGGAGAGGCUCAGGACGCUGAGUCGGACCAGGUGGAUGGACGUCACUCUCCCCCCACCGUGAAAACCACCGGAGCCAUACACCCCAGCAUGGACAUCCCACUGUUGAUCCCCAAAGAGAAGCCCCCCAUCACGGUGGUGGGAGACGUAGGAGGACGCAUCGCCAUCAUAGUGGAUGACAUCAUCGAUGACGUGGACAGCUUCGUGGCGGCGGCCGAGACGCUGAAGGAAAGAGGAGCCUACAAGAUCUAUGUCAUGGCAACACACGGCAUCCUCUCUUCCGACGCCCCGCGCUUUAUCGAGGAGUCGGCCAUCGACGAGGUGGUGGUCACCAACACGAUCCCCCACGAGCUACAGAAGCUGCAGUGUCCGAAGAUCAAAACGGUCGACAUCAGCAUGAUCCUGUCGGAGGCCAUCCGCCGCAUCCACAACGGAGAGUCCAUGAGUUACCUGUUCCGCAACAUCGGAGUGGACGACUGAAACACACACACACACACACACACACACACACACACACACACAGCCAUUUGCCUUUUCAGAUCUGCUCAGAGCUGAAUGUCAAACACUGAAUUUGCUACACACUCUUCCUGCUUGUAUUAUAUUAUAAUAAAUGCUAACAAUUUUCCUUUGAGUGCAGCUCAAAGGGUCAGUUCGGGGGUCUUUAGGACGGGUUGUUAGAGGAAUUCAUCCAUUUCCAGUGUAUUACUUAUAGUAGGUAAAUGUCAAAAACCGCCUUAGAAAGAACGAACACUUAUUUUAACUUACUUUAAGGAAAGACCCACCUAAACAAUGAAUAUCAGCUUAGAUGUACGCUUUAUUUGGAAUAUUUUAAGUGCUUAACCUUGCACUUAGACAGCAUUGCAGGGGACUGGAGCCAAAUCCCCCAGACUUAUUUUAUCUUGCAGAAUUUGGGAGUUGCUAGUCUACUUUUGUCUUAAUCUGUUUGCUUUGUUGUGUCGUUUGAUUUUCAGUUAGUUACUCCCCAAAGCGACACAAUGUUCUGAUUAAAUUUACAUUUGCUUCCUUUUUAAAGAAAGACCCACUUCAGAUCGGAAUAUCAUCAAGUGUAUGUUUUAUUUUGAAUAUUUGUAGUGCUUUACCUUGCCUUUAAACAGCCUUUUCUUGCGCAGAACCAAAGCCACCAAACUAAAUUGAAAUAAAUAGUAAAACGUGUGAGUUGCUGGUCUGGUUUUGUCAUAAUUGGUUUGAUUCUUAGUGUUAUUGUGUGACUUUCGGCUAGUUUGGAUUCACUGAAGUCACACAAUAAACUCACCAAUUAAGCAGCCAUUUCUGUGGCUAAGAGCUAAAAUUACUACUUUUGUGAAUGGGGUUUGGUGUAUCUGAAAGCAUAAAUAAGGCUUCAAUUUCUUGUCUAGAAGUGCUUUUUACGGCAAAAUAAAGCAGUCUCUCAAUAUACCCUAAAAUUAACUUAAUCUUUAGGUGGUUUAAAAGGUUUUACAGCUGUCCCCUUUAUGGAUAAAUACCUCAUCCAACUCCACUUUAAAACCCCCAAACUGUCCCUUAAUAUAGAAGAUGACUGAACACACACUGAUCUGUGUCCUUCAUGGAUUACUGCCUCUGUCUCUCUUUUCAACAAUACACACCUCCGUUUUGUAUGUGUCUUUCUGACUCACAUCUCCAUCUCCAUCUCUCCAUAGAUGUUACUGUGAUCUGUUAGCAUUGAAUGUCUCUUUGCAGUACAAUCUCCUUUUACUAACAGCAUCAGAGUGCCAGUGCCUUCUACAGGACACACACACACACACAUACACAUAAUUAACCCAGACAUAUUCAGGUGUUCAGCUAAUUAACUCGUGGUGUGUCAGAGUGCAUCCCGUUUAUUUAUGUGGUGUCUGAAUGUGCCACUAAUAUUGUUAGCUUAGCCUGCUAGCAGUUAGCCGUAGCACGUAGAUGCUAACCUGGUGUCAAAUCUCAAUGCUAACUGGAAUUAACCCGGGAAAUGUUUUCUCAGUCUGGUGUUAUUUUAAUGAUUUAUAUCUGUUACAUAUUACUUUGUGUGCCAUCAUUUUAAUACCUGCUUAUGUUUUAUAUUUAAUGCCGCAAACGAGCAGCUGGAGGUGGAAGAAACUAACAUUUGUGAAGACGAAUAAAGUUUGUUCUCACACACAUACACACACACACACACACACACACACACUGGAGUGUUCAGAGAGUGAAGUCCUGAAGCUGGAAGAGUGAAUCAAACUUUUUCUGAUGACUGAAGCAGGUCUUUGUCACUUUUCCUGAUGUGUUCCAAAAAAAUGUUUUGUAUUUAUUUUCAGCACUAAAUAUGAAUAAAUAUGAAUAAAUAUGACCUAAGAAAGUGAA